UACAGUCAGAGCAGGAGGAGGAAAACCAGACUGACUGAAGAUGAGUGGUUUGGAGGAAGAGGAGGGCAGGGCAGAGUUUCCAGGAUCCAGCUGUCUGUCUAUGAAGAGUGAUUUGUCCAAAGAUUUUCCUCCAGACUUCAGUAAUGAAGCGUCAGACUCAAAAGGUCAGCAGCACAGACACACAGCAGAGUCUUCAGUAUCCAGCUGUCUGUCUAUAAAGAGUGAAGAGUCUGAAGGUCCUCCUUCAUUCUUCAGUAAUGAACCUGGACCCCAGUGUGGAGAAAGAUCCAGAAACAGAGCUGGACUGCAGACAGCCAGUCAGAGCAGCUGUGUACAAACAGAUCCUGGUCUGCAGGAGGUUUUAGAGGAACAUAAGAUCAGUCUGAGGAGGAGAUGUGAACGUGUGACUGAAGGAAGUGAUGAAACAGGAAGUAGAACCCUCCUGAGCAGGAUCUACACUGAGCUCUACAUCACAGAGGGACAGAGUGAAGAGGUUCAUACCCAACAUGAGGUGAGGCAGCUGGAGACAGCUUCCAAGAAGAAGACCCUCCAUGACACUCCAAUCAGGUGCCACGACAUCUUUAAAGCCUUCCCUGACCAACAGAGACCCAUCAGAGUGGUUCUGACCAAUGGCGUCGCUGGUGUUGGAAAAACCUUCUCAGUGCAGAAGUUCACUCUGGACUGGGCAGAGGGCUUGGAGAACCAACAUGUCAGUGUGGUGAUUCUGCUUUCAUUCAGGGAGCUGAACUUGAUCCCAGAUCAGCAGUACAGUCUUCUGGAGCUGCUCCAUGUUUUCCAUCCAACAUUACAGAAGGUCCCAGCAGAGAAGCUCGCUGUCUGUAAACUUCUGUUCAUCUUUGACGGCCUGGAUGAAAGCAGACUUUCACUGGAUUUCACCAACAGGAAGCUCGUGUCUGAUGUCACACAGAAGUCAUCAGUCAAUGUGCUGCUGACAAACCUCAUCGAGGGUAAUCUGCUUCCCUCGGCUCUCAUCUGGAUAACUUCCCGACCUGCAGCAGCCAAUCAGAUCCCUCUUAAUCAUGUCCACAGGUUCACAGAAGUACAAGGCUUCACUGACGCCCAGAAGGAGGAGUACUUCAGGAGGAGGUUCAGUGAUGAAGACCUGUCCAGCAGAAUCAUCUCCCACAUGAAGACAUCCAGGAGCCUCCACAUCAUGUGUAGAAUCCCAGUCUUCUGCUGGAUCACUGCUACAGUUCUGGAGCACAUGUUGACUACAGAGCAGAGAGGAGAGCUGCCCAAGACCCUGACUGACAUGUACUCACACUUCCUGCUGGUUCAGACAAAGAGGAAGAAGAACAAGUACCAUGAGGGACAUGAGACGAGUCCACAGGAGUUGAUGGAGACUGACAGGGAAGUUCUUCUGAAGCUGGGGAGGCUGGCGUUUGAACAUCUGGAGAAAGGAAACAUCAUGUUUUAUCAAGAAGACCUGGAGCAGUGUGGUCUGGAUGUGACAGAGGCCUCGGUGUACUCAGGAGUUUGUACAGAGAUCUUCAAAAGAGAGUGUGUGAUCUUCCAGAAACCAGUCUACUGCUUUGUUCAUCUGAGCAUUCAGGAGUUUCUGGCUGCAGUCUACAUGUUCCACUGUUUCACCAACAGGAAGAGAGAGGUGCUGAAGGCCUUUCUAAAAUCAAAGUCUUGGACUAGUAAGAUUUUUAAUUUUGAACAAAGAAAGAAAGAUCUCCCAUCUCUGGACAUCUUUCUGAGCAGAGUCAUGGAGAAAUCCUUAAACAGUAAAAACGGCCACCUGGACCUGUUUGUUCGCUUCCUUCAUGGCCUCUCUCUGGAGUCCAACCAGAGACUCUUAGGAGGUCUGCUGGGUCAGACAGAGAACAGCCCAGAAAUCAUCCAGAGAGCCAUCAGCAACCUGAAGGAGAUGAACAGUGAUCAGAUCUCUUCUGACAGAAGCAUCAACAUCUUCCACUGUCUGAUGGAGAUGAAGGACCUCUCAGUACAUCAGGAGAUUCAAGAGUUCCUGAAGUCAGAGAACAGAUCAGAGAGACUCUCUGAGAUCCAGUGCUCAGCUCUGGCCUACAUGCUGCAGAUGUCAGAGGAGGUUCUGGAUGAGUUGGACCUGAGGAAGUACAACACAUCAGAGGAGGGACGACGGAGACUGAUCCCAGCUGUGAGGAACUGCAGGAAGGCUGAACUUUCUAACUGUGGACUCUCAGAGACUCACUGUGAAGUUGUAGCUUCAGCUCUGAAGUCCAACCCCUCCCAUCUGAGAGAGCUGAACCUGAGCUCGAACAACCUGCAGGAUUCAGGAGUGAAGCUGUUGUCUGCUGGAUUGGGAAGUCCAAACUGUAAACUGGAGACUCUGAGCUUGUGGAGCUGCAGCCUGUCAAAGAUCAGCUGUGUGUCUCUGAGCUCAGCUCUGAAGUCCAAUCCCUCCCAUAUGAGUCAGCUGGACCUGAGUAACAACGAGCUGCAGGAUUCAGGAGUGAAGAAGCUGUGUGGUUUUCUGGAGAGUCCAGAAUGUAGACUGCAGACUCUGAGGUCAGUUCACUGACUGUGUUUCUAUUCUCUGUCUUAUCUGCUUAUUUACCAAGUGAACCUCAUUUGUCUUCAGACAUAACUUCCCUUCAAC